AUGGUAGCCAUUAGAUUCCUAAUAGCUAAACCGGUGAAGUCAACCUGUUUCGAGCAAACUAAGUUAGUGCUAGAAGAAGUGUUCGAACGAGAAGGGUUCCCGAAAUCCAUUCGCUCGGAUAAUGGACCGCCGUUCAAUGGCGAGGACUAUAAAGUUUACUGUGCUGAACGAGAUAUUCAAACUGUUUUUUCGACGCCAUUAUUUCCUCAACAGAAUGGCCUCGUCGAGAAUUACAUGAAGCUUGUGAAUAAAGCAAUGGCCGUAGCGGUGAGCCAAGGGACACCCUUCAGAGAAGAACUUCGAUCAGCUGUAAACGCACACAACGCUGCAGCACAUGCGGUUACCGGUGUUCCACCAGAGGAGGUGAUGCUUGGUCGUAAUAUCAAACGGCACCUUCCGUUGCUGCAUCGCCGAAAAGCUAAUUACGACGAAGACGUGCUUAAUUAUCGCGAUAAAACGGAGAAGCUUAAAGCAAAACAGCGAGAAGAUGUUCGUAGGGGAGCUCGAACAUGCCGCGUUGCUCCAGGAGACACGGUCAUUAUUGAGCGACUAGCCCGGACAAAAGGAGAAAGUCGAUUCGAUCCACAGAAAUAUACAAUCAUCCGGGAAGACAAUGGAUCCCUCGUCCUACAUAAUGAUAAGGGUCAAACGUUGAAACGACAUGUCACCCAGACCAAAAAGGUUGGACCGUGGCGUAUGUCCAGCAAGCUCAGCUGUGGAGGUCAAGUACAAACAGACAAUCCACCAAACGAUUCAUCAGGACGACCGCGCAGGACAAUUACACUACCAACUCGUUAUAAAGAUUACGUUCAAAUACUUGAAAGCUGUCAGGAUCCCCAAUAA